AUGGCUGAAAGACUACAGAAACACAGAUUUCAAAACAUUUUCCUUCCACCCUCUUCUUCUGACUUCUUGUGGAAAAAAAUGCAUGGGCUCUUCUUUGUCCUGGUGAUGUGCACAGUAGGUGCAUCUGCUUUCAGACUCCAGCAAGUCAAGAACACAGAAAACUGCCCAGAUCACACCGUGUUUUUCAAACACUACUAUGAACUGCAUGGAGAACCUGUGGUUCUGAAAUGCCCUUCCCCCAGAUACAAACAUUUGGAUUUCUCUGCCUUGACCCCUAAUAUCACAUGGUAUAAAAAUGGUUCGAACACCAUGAUAUCAGAAAGAGAUGAAGAUUCAAGAAUCUGGGCAAAAGGAAAUGCACUCUGGUUUUUACCAGUGAGGCUAGAAGACUCAGGAGUAUAUAUCUGCACAAGAAGGAACAACUCCUACUGUGCUGAGGUCUCCAUCCACCUCACAGUUGUGGAGAAAACAGCUGCUUGGGAGAUUGCCUAUCCCCAGGUCCUCUUCACUUUCACCGCUGGAAAGAUUGUUUGUCCUGACCUGUGGGAUUUUACACCAAAUAGGACAAGCCUGGAGCUCAAGUGGUACAAGGAUGCUCAGCUUUUGGAAGAGGACAAUGAAAGAUUCAUCAUUCUGAAUGGUUCAGCAUCUCUGAUCAUGACAUCUGUGCUACCAACAGAUGCAGGGUAUUACACCUGCAAGAUGUCAUUUCCAUUUGAAGGUGUGGAGUAUGAAAUCACCAGGACAAUUCAACUGGAGACUGUUGAACAAGAGAAGAGAAUUACCCCGAUAAUUGUGUAUCCAUCCCAAAAGACAACAUCAGCUGCUCUUGGCUCCAAGAUGACUCUCCCAUGCAAAGUGUUUGUUGGGCUGAGCAGCCAUUUCCAAACUGAUGUGGAAUGGCUGGCAAAUGACAGCAGCGUUGAUGUGGUUUAUAAACAAAGCAGAGUUACAGAGGGGGAACGACAAGAAAUUGUAGAAAAUGGUGAAAACUUCAUUGAAGUACCACUGAUUUUUGAUUCUGUUGAAGAAGUGGACUUUUACACAGACUUUACCUGUCUGGCCCAGAACAGAUAUGGAUACCAAGAACUGCCAACAAGGGUCAAGCAGGAAGCUGCUGGUCUGUCCUGGUACAUUGCAAUGAUUCCUGUUGCUCUGGCCUGUUUGAUCGUGGGAGGGAUAUGCAUGCACAAGUGCUGGAAGAGUAGAGCUGAUAAAGGUUAUACAAUACCGAAGGUUUAA